CAUUGGGCGUGGGGCCUCUGUGGUGGUCCUGAUGUGCCCCAUGCCGCAUCGUCUGUAUCUACAGUCAACACAGAGAGCCGCGGUGUGGGGAACGAGCAGAGUCAGCUCUCUGUGAGCUCCCAAAUUAUAAAAGAGGAUGUAUUGUUGGAAGCCGUAGAAGGCACCGAAGAACCAGUGCGUAUAACAUUCGUUCUCCGCUUGACUAGAAUUACAUCUGUCGAGUGGGAGACCGUAGUAUGGCACCGUUGUCUAUAUAUUCGCGUACCCGUCUACUUUCUGCCUGAAGGAUCAAAAGAUGCCUUUCUUUCGCUCCUAGAAUACGCUGAAGAUCCACUACACUGCACCCAUGUUAUUGUUUGCCUCCGCAAAGAUAGAUCAGAUAGAGGAAUACUGGUUCGUACUUUCAUGUUCUUGGGUUUCACGGUCUUACCGCCAACUCAUGCCAUGAUACCACCAGGCAGUGACGCUGGCAGUCUCUACAUGCUGUAUACCAUCGAGUAAUCGGCAAGCAGUUAUGCCUCUUAAAUUUAACGCGCAGAUAUUGAUUCGAGAGAAAAGAUACUGAAGUUUCUCUGUUCUACAAUUUUUUUAUAUUAUUUGAUUAUCAACUCAUUUUUCGUUUACUGUAACGACUUUCUCCUCGCUUUCUCAUGAAUUUAGAUGUAAUUAUUUGUGUUUAUUAUAUUCUAUUACAGGUACACCAUAAGUUUAAAGUAAAAUUCUGAAAAGGAUAUUUGGAAAAAGGCACAAUUUUACUUUUAUAUUUUAAAUUUUAUUAUACAUAUGUAAUUUGUGUUUUCUUAUUAAUUGCAAAUUAGGAACCUUAUUAAUUUUGCAAAUCAUUUAAAUCGAAUGAUUAUGUCUAGUGCAGAUAAACUUCGGCGUUAAAUUCUUGAGGCUUGAUGAUAAAACAAAAAUUAUAGUCG